UAUUUUGAAAAGGUUUGACCAGAAGUUGGUUUUUUUUAAACACUCGAGCUAGCCUGGUUCUACAACUAGCUAAGCUGCUUACUUCUGGGAGCUGCAACUGAACAACCAACCAACUGAACAACUGCGAUAUUAUAGUGUAUAAGAAGUUAAUCUAUGACUGUAAACAUUUUAGUUAUUCAUCAGCCCGAGAGGACAGUAGACAUCGACAUCGAGCUCAAAGCAAAGCAGUCUGGACAAUGACAGUAACCUUACUUCCGGUUUAGGAGCCACAGAGAAACUUGAGCUUUAGCUUUAUUAACAGUGGUUGUCCUAAGUUAUUUAGCAAGAUGAUACGAACUGAGAACUUUAAAAUGAUCUUUCAAGUUUUCAAAGACUUGGUUCCUGUCCUCACCAGUGGGAUUUUAACUGUGGUGCUUCUAUCAUGUGUUUUGUUCUGCAUCCAAACAUAUGUGGACCUCACCGAGGGGGUCUUCAGUGUUGGUGCCACUGUGUUUCUAAAUGGACACCUCCACAGGCUCUUCACGUACCCUUUUUACCACAAAACCUCUGCCCAGCUCCUCCUGAACAUCACAGCCUUGGUGUUCCUCAGUGGCAGCUUGGAGAAAGGUGUUGGCACCGUCCGCUUCCUGAUGUUGUUCCUCCUGCUGUCCACCACCACAGGCUUGUUUUACAGCUUCCUGGAUCUUCUUCUGCAGGGUGACAGCAGCAGCAGCCAGAGUCACACCGAGGGGUUGGUUCCUGUGGCUCUGGCGUGUGUGGCUUUAACCACCAUGCACACUAAAAUGACUAAAGGAUUCCUGUGUGGAGUCAGUUUCCCAACCAUGGCUCUCCCUUGGGUGCUCCUCAUCAUCACCACUGCCCUCAUUCCUCACACGGUGCUCCCCUGUAACAUCAUCGCCAUCCUGGUCGGGUGGAUGUACGGGAAAGGAUGGUUCUCUCGUCUGGACGUGUCUGAGGCCAGGGCUGGCACUCUGGAGAAGAUGAUGCCUUUUAGGUUGUUGAGGAGCAUCAGGGGGGUGAAGUUUGUCCCUGCUUCCACAGAAGAGAGGAGGAAGACCGUCCUUCCACAGAUCAAUCCAACACCUGGGUCCUACCCGGUCCAGGCUUACGCUCCAUUGUCAAGCAUUAAUACUGCGGCCAAUAUUCAUGAAGGCUGGUCGAAUUCGACCAGUGCUCUGUCCAGUGCCACACCGCCUCUUGAUCCUCAUGGACAUGGAUCUCCACAUAGCUUUGGGCUAAGUCAUGGACACGGUUCAGACUCGGAGCAUAGUUUUGGCCAAAGCUGCAACCACGAUCAUGGUCAUAGCCAUGGCCACGAUCAUGGUCAUAGCCAUGGUCAUAGCCAUAGUCAUGGUCAUGAUCAUGGUCAUGGUCAUAGUCAUGGUCAUUCAUAGCCAUGGAUAUUUAUUUGAUUGCUUUACAACACUCUGACCAUACAGACAAGCCUAACUUUGUCAAUACUACACUAUUUUUCAACACAUAUGGGCACCUGCAGCAUGUCUUUAGAUGACUGCGUCGUCUAAAAUGUCAAAUGCUUGGACACAUUGUUAAGCUGAUUUUGCAGUAGGCUUCUCCAGUAUUCGUGGACUGUGUGCCUGACUGUAUAUUUAAAUGAAUUUAAUGUUUGUCUGAAUGUUUAAAUGUUAUGGCUAGAGUUGUUACGAUACCGAUACUAGUAUUGGAAAUGAGUCUGAUACUGCCCAAAAUUCGGAAUCGGGUAUCGGCGAGUUAUCUAGUUAAUCUCUAGUUAUGGCACUUUUGUACAUACAUUUAAAAAUAUACUUCUUUUGUACCAUUUCCCCUCAUUUCUUUAAAUAAACAAAUGUGUGGAAAACAUAAAAAGUCUCUUGGAAAAAAAACCCUCAUUGAACACAGUCUUUUAAGGGUUGUGUGCACACCCCAUCCUAUUUUUAAAGCAUGUGCAGGAUAACAGAUUAAAUGUUAUUUUCAAUGCAAUACAUUGUGAAUAUAUUCGAAAUGGUUUUAAGCUUCUAAAAGUGAAUUGAAUUAGAAAUUCGUCAAUCAUCAGGCAUAAGAAUAUACAGGUUUACCUGUAUAUGAGCAAGAAACUAAUAACAUCCUGCUGAUGUCAUG